AUGUCCGACUUUGCGCUGUUCUACAACAUGGGCCAGUGCUGCACGGCUGCGUCCCGCUGCUAUGUUCAGGAGGAGGUCUAUGACCAGUUCGUCGAGAAGGCCGUUGAAAGAGCGAAGAAGAAACACAUUGACAAUGAACAGUUCACGAAAAUACUGGACCUGAUCGAAAGUGGCAAGCAAGAGGGGGCGCGUCUGAUGUGCGGCGGGGCGAAAAUGGGCGACACAGGCUAUUUCAUCGAGCCAACGGUUUUCGCAGACGUCACCGAUGACAUGCGCAUAGCCCGAGAAGAAAUUUUUGGUCCUGUUCAGCAGAUUUUGAAAUUCAAAACUAUGGAGGAGGUAUGA